CCGACGCCGCCACGGGCGGGGCGCGGAGGGAGGGGCGAAGAUCGCUCCGAGGGCGGCGGGUCGCCGCGCCGGAGCGGCGCGUGCGUUUGGAUAGUUCCUGGUCAGCAUAGAAAUGUGGAGUGUCUUGGCUGAAACCUCAUACAGACGAAAUCAUUAUGGCCCUGGUAGGUAGGGCGACUAUCCGGAUGUAAGGUUGAGAGUGACAUAUUAGUUGAAGGAAACGGGGAAAGCCCAGAAAGGAAAGGAAAAAUUGGUAUAAACAAAAAGGCCAGUUGGUCUAACCUGUGUAUCUUAGUCCUGUAAGCCACUGCAGAUAUUUGAGCAGCACUGUUUCUGCAACAAAAACCUAGACUCACCACAUCUUGGGAAGAGAAUGGCCACUUCGUGGGGGGCAGCCUUUUUCAUGCUGGUGGCAUCCUGUGUCUGUAGCACUGACUUCCAUAGAGACCAGCAGACUUGGUUUGAGGGUAUCUUCCUGUCUUCCAUGUGCCCCGUCAAUGUCAGUGCCAGCAUCUUGUAUGGAAUCAUGUUCGAUGCAGGGAGCACUGGAACACGAAUUCAUGUUUACACCUUUGUGCAGAAAAUACCAGGACAGCUUCCAGUUCUGGAAGGGGAAAUUUUUGAUUCUGUGAAGCCAGGACUUUCUGCUUUUGUAGAUCAACCUAAGCAGGGUGCUGAGACUGUUCAAGGACUCUUAGAGAUGGCCAAAGACUCAAUCCCACGAAGUCACUGGAAAAAGACCCCAGUGGUCUUGAAGGCAACAGCAGGACUGCGCUUACUGCCAGAACAGAAAGCCCAGGCUCUGCUCUUUGAGGUACAAGAGAUCUUCAAGAAGUCACCUUUCCUGGUACCAAAUGACAGUGUUAGCAUCAUGGACGGAUCCUAUGAAGGCAUAUUAGCUUGGAUUACUGUGAAUUUUCUGACAGGUCAGCUGCAUGGCCACAGCCAGGAGACUGUGGGGACCCUGGACCUGGGUGGGGCUUCCACCCAAAUCACGUUCCUGCCCCAGUUGCAGAAAACCCUGGAACAAACCCCUAGGGACUACCUCACUUCUUUUGAGAUGUUUAACAGCACUUAUAAGCUCUAUACACAUAGUUACUUGGGAUUUGGAUUGAAAGCUGCAAGACUAGCAACCCUGGGAGCCCUGGCAACAGAAGGGAUUGAUGCACACACUUUUCGAAGUGCCUGUCUUCCAAGAUAUUUAGAAGCAGAGUGGAUUUUUGGGGGUGUGAAAUACCAGUAUGGUGGCAACCAAGAAGGGGAGGUGGGCUUUGAGCCCUGUUACGCUGAAGUGCUGAGGGUGGUCCAAGGAAAACUUCACCAGCCAGAUGAGAUCCACAGAAGCUCCUUCUAUGCUUUCUCUUACUAUUAUGAUCGAGCUGUUGACACAGACAUGAUUGAUUAUGAAAAGGGGGGUGUUUUAAAAGUUGAAGAUUUUGAAAGAAAAGCAAGGGAAGUGUGCGACAACUUGGAAAACUACACCUCAGGCAGUCCUUUCCUCUGCAUGGAUCUCAGUUACAUCACAGCCUUGUUGAAGGAUGGCUUUGGCUUUGCAGACAACACCAUCUUAAAACUCACAAAGAAAGUGAACAACAUAGAGACAGGCUGGGCCUUGGGGGCCACCUUUCACCUUCUGCAGUCUCUGGGCCUUUCCCACUAAGGCCAGGCCCUUCCUCCGAGGCCUGCAUUUGCCAACAACCUUUUUAAAGGGAGAAGGAGAGAAGACUCAGUCGUGUUCUGAGGUAGUCUGGGAACUGCCUGGAUUGAAAUCCAGCAUCUGGCUUCAUCAGAAGGAGCUUUUGUAGACAGGUCUUACCUUCAAGUCUAGUGAUUUGGGCUUAAUUAAUUUUACACAUCUAAUAUGAACUGUAACCUAACCAUUCUGCUUGCAUAGCUGGUACCAGAGUCUAAAUCUUUGAGAUUGCUUGUGUGUCACGGAGUCAAAGAAUACCUUUGAAACUUAACCUUGGAGAACCCAGGGACAGGUCCCUAGGAACCAAAGAAAAAUCUCGUUUCAACUCUCUGAGUGCCUCAUUCCUUUGAACAAUUUAAUUUUUCUCUUACAAGCUAAACUCAGCUGACUGAUUGCAGUCCCACGACCUAUCAACACCAUUAUUUUUUCCUUCCUUGCACAGUGCCCUUUCCCGCCCUUAUCUCCACCCCCCUAAAAAAGAGAGAAAAAAAAUACCUAGUUUUGCUUUUCAUGUGUAAUUCAAAAAGAAAAAAGGUACCAUUUCUGAAGUUGUGUAAUCCUGCUUUGUGCUAGCUCCAAUCAGCCAGCUGAGAGCCAUUCUCUUAGCAGGAUGGAGAACAAGUCCUACCUGCACAGACCUCAGCCUUAAGGAGGCCAUCCCGUCUCUAAGUACAUGUUUUGGGAGGGUGUGGCUGCCUUGUAUAGACCACCUUCUUUUAAUCAACUUUUUAUAAGUCAACUGUGGAUUAAUGAACAUGUCCAACCUCAUAGGAAUAUGUGUGUGUAUUCAGUGCCAGUACCUCCUUCCAGGCUAAUGUGUUUAUAGCAAUUUGUCAUCCUAAACUUAUUUUCUUUGUAUUUCUAAGAAAUACAUCUAUAACCUAGCUUUUGGUCUAUGAUGAGAGGCCUGUGGCUGUGCUGUUCAAGGAUCUAGAUUUUGGUCACAGCUCCUUUCACUUUGCUCUGUUAUUCUGUUUAUAGCAGUAUCUCUUCCUACCUUGGUCUCUGAUCAUUUUAGCUAACAGUCUCUCAAUUAUUUGUCUAGUUCCAGGGUUUCUGAUAUUCUUCUUGAUGAUAACCUAACACUUGAUUUGGUUGGCUGGUUUGGCUCACGUCAGUACUGUAGAUUCUCUUUUUUGCAUUUGAGUGCUCCGAGCUCUUCUUUUUAUUUCCCCUAAAAUUCAUUACCUUGUACUUUCCCACAUGACUAUCAUUGGCUUCUUGUCUACCCACUCGAGUGCUCUUGGACUUGAAAGAUCUUGCUGUUGACUGGCUCAUUUGCCUUGGCUCUUUACUUCCAGCUUUUUCCAGCAGUUUGUAACUCCCAAACUUGUAUCUUUCUUUCACAGUAGAUUUUCUUUCAGAUCUCUCGCAAAAGAUGUUAAAUACCUGGCCUCACACCAGUUCCUAGGGAACCUUAUUUUUUAAAGUUAUUCCACUGAGUCAAUAAAUAUUUAACAUCUGGUGUGCAAGUAAUUGGGAAAAUUUCUGUAUCCUCACCCCCCAAACUUUAGUUUUUUUAAUUCAAUGUGAAAUUUCUUCACAUUAUUCACACUGACUUUAAUUAUUCUGAAGUCACCUUUAUACCUGUUGUCUUCCUCAAAAAAUGCUAAUACAUAAUGAAAUAAUAGAAUCUUUAGAGUUGGAGACAGUCCAAAGAUUCCAGUCUUCUGUUGCAGAAUUUCCUAACAUUUCUAACUGGUUAUCAUUUAACUUCUGGUUAGGCAUGUUUUCAGGCAGCUCAUUCCAUUUGGGACUGCACUGAUGUUAAAAAGUCCUCCUUAUAUUGAGCUGAGAUCUAUCUUCUCAGUGGUCUUCUGCUCUAAUCUCUCCUUCCACAGCCUGUCAGUCUUUUGAAGAAAAUUCCUCCCUAGUCCUUUGUGGUCUCUUCUUUAACAGACCACAUGGCUUCUAGACCCCUUGCCAUUUUUGUCAAAAAGGUAGGGUGGUAGAACCAGUCAUAUGCUAAAUGUUGUUCCGCAUGAUUAGGGAAAAACUGUUUCUUCUAGUAGAAACAAAGUUGUUUUCCCAAGAAGUGAAGCUGUGUUCACUGAAGACAGCUCCAGGUUGAUGGGUCCAGAAGUAAGAUUCCCUGGUCUUUGUUACCACUUAUCUCUGAAGCUUUACUUAUAAAUGGGGACCGUGUGUUAUUCAGACUCCUUUGGUCAUCCCAAAUACUUCCAGAAUGCUUGAGUAGAUGCAUUAACUCCAGAAAUGUAUCUGUAUCUAUUCUGAUAAUCUUGAUUAGAACAUCUGAGGAAUUAACCAAUUUAUGCAUUUGAGGAGCAAUUUGGAAUAAUUUUUAUUUCUUAGAAAAAAUGACUUGUCUAUAAUGUCUUUUCUUCCCUUCAAUGUACCUUUUGGGCCUCUUAUUAAGGAAUGCCAUGGAGCCUAAUAUUGCUGGUUAAGUUUCUUUUCUAUAAAUGUGUUUAUAUAUUUCAAAUACUAGGACAUGGCCUGGUACGUGGUGGGUGUUGUGUAUUUAUCAUCAUCAUCAUUAUCAUCAUAUGAAGAACAUCCUCGAUAGGUUAUGGAGGUCCUCGCAAAGUGUGCCUUAAAACUCUUCCUUUCUUGUCUGAUUUUAUUUACAUAAAUAUGUAAAUAUUUUGGAGAAUCCAUAUCCUCCUUACCUGGGCUACCUUUCUCCCUACAGUGUCUUUUCUAGACUCUGCUAGUAACAUUUGUGCUAUUGUCACUUUUUUACUCUAUUAUCUUAUAAAUCUCCCACAUUUGCCAGAAAUGCUCCCCUGUAGUAACAUAUUUCUCAUUCUUUCAAAAACUACGCCCAAGAAUAGCUUAGCUUGGUUCAAAAGCAGACUGUUUCUUCUCAUUUCAUCUUCAAAUCAGACUUUUGGGGAAAAUGUUCUUUACUGUAUACAAAUCUAAUGGAUCCAAAAAUCUCUUCAAGAGGCAUCUCUGAUACUGUGAAGUGAGCUCUUCAAAAACCAACAGCAACACCCUGCCCCCAACAGCCACCAGUCUGCAACCAAAUAUGAACAAAUUCUGCUGCUAAUCAGAUUUUCCCUUUUGACCUAGUUCCUGAGGUCUUCAAACCUGUGCAAUGGAAUUAUUUAUUGUUUUAUUACUGAACAGAUAAUGGUAUCUCAGAGAGGAACCAUAAAUAAAAUGGAGAUCGGGUGCUGUGAUAAGUAAUAACUAAGCAUUGAAAAGUUUGGUUUUCUUUUCAGAAAGUCUAGUACACCUAUGACAAAGGUUAAAACAAUUUAAUUUGCUUUUUAAUGUUAUAAAUUUUAAAACAGCAAUUGUAACAAAAAUGUAUCAACUGAAUAUUUCUAAUUGUCUAUCAAAAAACAACUGUAUAAACUUAUGAUCGGUAUUAAAAAACAAUUCUAUAAAUCUCUUUAGAAAGGAUUGUUAACAAGUGAAAAUGAAUGAGACAGCACCUUAGCAAUUUUUGUUUUAGUAAUAAAACACUCUUUUCAACAAAAUCAUAA